CAUCCGCUCCGCAACAUGGCCCGCGCUUCGAGGUGGAGCGGGCAAUUGCUGCUGUCGGCGCUUGCCGUCGCCGUGGUGGUCGCGGGGGUGGCAGGGGCUCGCCCGGCCCGCCCCCGACCCCCGCACCACGCCGUCGGCGUCGGCCCUGCCGCGCCCGGCGACGAGACCUACCGCCUGCCCCGAGCGGCCUACCCCACGCACUACGACAUCAUCAUCACGCCCAGCCUGCCCGCCAAGUCCUUCGACGCGCACGUCGACAUCUACAUGACGGGGCAAGAGACCGCCGGGCAGCUGGUGCUGCACGCCGACGGGCUGGAAAUGACGAGCUGCACCUUCAACGGCGCGGAGCUCGGCAAGCCCGAGCUGGACACGGUCCGCCAGUUCAUCAAGUGGGACCUGGAGGCCAUCAACACGCCCCUGCGCGCCGGCGAGCAGUACGUGCUGUCGUGCGACUACCGCGGCACCAUCUGGGACGACGACAAGGGCUUCUACGGCUCCUCCUACACGGAGAACGGCCAGACUAAGCGACUCGGCGUCACCCAGUUCGAGAUGACGUUCGCGCGCCGCGCCUUCCCCGCCUUCGACGAGCCGAGCUUCCGCUCCACCUUCACCCUGUCCCUCAAGCACCUCAAGAACCUGCGCGCCGUGUCCAACACCCGGCCCUCGGUCAUCUCCGUCACCGACCUGGUCGGCGGCAAGGUGACGACCACCUUCGAGACGACGCCGCGCAUGGCGUGCUACACGCUGGCCUGGCUGCUCUCCGAGAUGCCCCACAAGGACGACCCCGACGCCGACUUCCGCACCUUCGCGCCGCCCGCCGUGCUGGACGAGACGGCCACGUCGCAGGACCUCGGCCCCAAGGUGCUGGCCGGCAUGGCGCAGUACACCGGCAUCGCCUACGCGCUCGACAAGAUGGACCAGGUCGCCGUGCCCGACUUCAACUUCGGCGCCAUGGAGAACUGGGGCAUGGUCACGUACAGGGAGGCCAUGCUGCUGGACGGCGACAAGUCGAGGACGCUCACGCACAUGACGGUGGCCACCACCAUCGCGCACGAGCUGGCCCACCAGUGGUUCGGCAACCUGGUGACGCCCAGCUGGUGGCGCCACGUCUGGCUGAGCGAGGCCUUCGCCGAGCUCUUCUGCUACCUCAUGGUGGACCAGCUGCGCCCCCAGUGGAGCGUCAUGGACAAGAUGGCCCUGCUGGAGAUGCAGGACGCGUUUGUGGACGACGCCCUCAGCUCGUCCAACCCCAUGAACCACGAGGUGUACACCCCGGACGAGAUCCUGGACAACUUCGGCUCCGUCACCUACGCCAAGGGCUCGUCGGUCUUGCGCAUGCUGCGGCAGUACAUUGGGGAGGACACGUUCCGAACAGGAAUCCAGCUGUACCUGAACAAGAUGAUGCAGACCGGCAGCGUGCAGCCAGAGGACCUCUGGGAGGCCCUGUCCCAGGCAGUGCAGGAGUCCGGCGUGCAGCCCUCCGUGGACCUCACGUCGGUGGCCAAGUCCUGGACGGACGUCGCGGGCUACCCCGUCGUGGCCGUGAGCCUGGCCGACGGCAAGGUGUCGUUCAAGCAGACUCGAUUUUUCUCGAGGACGGCCGAGUCCAGCAGCGCGUUGUGGCAGGUGCCCGUCGUGUGGAGGGCGGCGGGCAGUGCCGCCAGCAACAGCUUCCUCCUGGGGACGGCCAGCGACUCGGACCCGACCGCCGUGUCGGCGGACACCAAGUGGAUCCUCGCCAACGUGGACCAAAUAGGCUACUUCCGCGUCAACUACGACGACGCCAACUGGGCGGCGUUGACCGGCGCGCUGCAGGACUCCGUGGACACUCUCUCCGUGGCCGAGAGGGCCAUGCUGGUGGACGACGCGUUCGCCCUGGCGCGCGCCGGCCUGCUGGACUACGACGUGGCGCUCCGCCUCGCCGAGUACCUCCCCCAGGAGCGGCGCUACGCGCCCUGGGCCGCCUUCGAGAAGGACGUCGACUACCUGGCGGCGCACUUCAGGGCCGGGCCCAGCGAGCACAAGGCCGCCUUCAACAAAUGGGUCCAGGGCUUGGUGCGCGACCGGUUCGACGCCCUGGACCUCACCUCCUUGCCCAGCGACACUUUCGAGGACAAGCUGACCCGGACGGUGGUGGCGCGCCUGGCCAGCGAGGCCGAGUCCCAGACGGCCGUCAGCGAAGCGCGCAUGAAGUACUUGGACUGGCAGUCGGGAAUCUGGAACGAGCCGGACACGGUGCGCCUGGUGCUCUGCCAGCAGCUCGCCGACACCACCACCACCAGCCAGGUCAACACCCCCGACACCACGUUCAACGACCUGCUGCAGCGUCUCAAGGCCUCGGACGACGAGGCCGAGCGGCAAGACUACACCUACGCGCUGGGCUGUGCGCCGCAGACCGACGCAUACCCCCUGAAGCAAAGGCUGCUGGACGUGAUCCUCGACCCGGACAACGGCCUCAAGCUGAGGGACUUGAACGCGCUCUGGACGUCGGUGAGCUCCACGAACGAGGGCCUCAGCCUGGCCCUCAACGCCGUCAGCAUCAACUACAAGACCAUCGAGGACAAGUUCGGAGUGGAUGAGGUCCUCACCGUGUUCUCCACGCUCGCGGCACGCAUCGUCACAGACUCCAACUACAGGAAGCUCGACGACUUCUGCAAACUGGAGCGCGGCUGCACGGAGAUCCAGGGGCUGCAGGCGGCGCUAGACACUGCCAAGGCCAACAUGGACUGGCGCACUGCGAACUACGACAAGGUCGUGGCGUACUUCAAGCCCGAACCGGCGCCAACCCAGCCACCAACCGAACCGCCAACCGAAUCGCCAACCCAGUCACCAACCGAGCCACCGACCGAGCCACCAACCGAGCCACCAACCGGGUCGACAACGCAGUCACCAACCGGGGCACCAACCGAGCCGCCAACCGGGGCACCAACCGAGCCGCCAACCGGGGCACCAACCGAGCCGCCAACCGGGGCACCAACCGAGCCGCCAACCGGGGCACCAACCGAGCCGCCAACCGGGGCACCAACCGAGCCGCCAACCGGGGCACCAACCGAGCCGCCAACCGGGGCACCAACCGAGCCGCCAACCGGAGCACCAACAGAGCCGCCGACGCCAGGCCCCACCCCAACCCCCUCGGUGUACCGCCUCCCCACCAACCUGGUCCCCAGCCUGUACGAAGUGAUCCUCAACCCCGACGUGGCGGCCAAGACCUUCAGCGGCACCCUCGCACUCAGCUUCACCGCCAAGCAGGCGCCCGAUCUGACCAAGAUCGUCGUGCACGCGUCCGGGCUCGUCUUCACGGUGGAUGACGUGACCGUGAGCGAGGCCGACUCCGACCGCCAGAUCAAGGUGACGGAUUUGGUGUCGAACCCGGAUCUGGAGCAGGUGACCAUCACCCUGGCGGAAGGACUGACGCCGGAGACCGUCACUUACACCCUCGCCAUCAAGUCGUACACCGGGGUGCUGCGCGACGACCUGACCGGCCUGUACUUGGCCGACUUCGGCACCGGGAAGAUGCUGGGUGCCCAGCUGUACCCCGCGUACGCCCGACGCGUUUUCCCGUGCCUGGACGAGCCCGCGUACCGCGCCAGCAUGUUCCUGUCGGUGGUGCACGGCGCCGACCAAGUGGCCAUCUCCAACACGCCCUCGUUGGGCUCGGGGCAGGUGGACCCCGACGAUGACUCCAAGGUCCUGGAGGCCUUCGAGCCGACGCCGGUGAUCGCGGCGUCCGAGCUGUCCCUCGUGGUGGCCGACGCCGCGCUGCUGGUGCAGACGCCCGGCCAGUUCGACGACAGCUUCGUGACGGUGCACGGCCUGCAGGCCGUCGUGGACAAAGCCGGCGACACCGUCAACACGGUGCUCGACCUCCUCAACCUGUUCGGCGACGUGACCCACUCCAGCGGCAGUCUGCAGCACGUCAGCGUCGUCGGCCUGGACAACAGCCGCCACGACGGCGACGCCGGGUGGGGGCUCGUCACACUGCGGUCGAGCGGGCUGGCCAACCUGGACACCUCCUUGUCGUCGGGUGAGAGCGAGCAGGCGUGGCUGACCCAGCUGAGCCGCUACGUCUCGCAGCUCUGGUUCGGCAACGUGGUCGGCGUGGCGUGGUGGGACAGCGCGUGGCUGCAGCAGGGCUUCGCCGGCUACUACCAGUACGCCGCCGUGCUGGACUUCCAGGACCACUGGGAGGUGGAGGGGCAGUUCUACACGCGCGCCGUGGCUCCCGCCCUGCACGCCCACUCGUUCGAGGGGGCGCGCGCGCUCGGCGGCGACGUCGACGGCUCGCUGGGCUCCAUCGCCGAGGCCCUGGACGCCGCCUCGUCCGCGAAGGGUGCCGCCGUCGUGCAGAUGCUGCAGCACGCUCUGGAGCAGGAGGACGCCUUCGACGCCGGCCUCGCCAACUACUUCGCCUCCAACGAGUUUGGCGCGGCCGACAAGAACGCCCUGUUCGCGGCCAUGGAGGCCGCCGCGCAGCAUACCACCAAAAACCCGCUGCCGACUUCGGUGGCGGCCGCCUUCCGCCCCUGGGUGGACGACGGCGGCUACCCCGUGCUCAACGUCAUCCGCGACUACGAGAACAAGAAAGUCAGCAUCGCCCAGGAACGCUUCCUGCUGCACACGACGUCGGCCGGGACCGACGCGGCCGGCGACUGGUGGGUGCCGGUGUCCUUCGCCCUCAAGACUGAGUACCUGGCCAUGAACAACACGCUCAAGGCGCCCGUCAAGGCCUGGCUGGCACCCCGCGGCACAUUUGCCGUCGACCUGGCCGACGAUGACGUCGCCCAGUGGCUGCUCGUCAACGUGGACCGCAGAGACUUCUACCGCGUCAACUACGACAGCCACAACUGGGUGCUGCUCCAGCGCUUCCUCAACGAGUUCCACACGCUGGUGUCCCCCGUGGCGCGCGCCAUGCUGGUGGACGACGCGCUGGCCCUGGCGCGCUCCGGCCGCCUGGAGUACACCUACGCCCUCAACCUGGUGGACUACCUGCGCGCGGACGAAGACCUGGCGCCGUGGGAGGCCGCCCGCAGCGGUUUCGACCACCUCGACGCGCAGUUCCUCGAGUCCCGCCACGAGGCCGUGUACAAGACCUGGCUGCUGCAACUGCUGGAGCACGCCUACCAGGACACCGGCUUCUACCCCGACCCCCGCGACACGCACGUGCAGCGCCUGGUGCGCGGCGUGGUCUCGGCCUGGGCCUGCGACGCGGGCAACAAGUACUGCCGCCAGUACGGUCGCGCCGACUUCGCCAAGUGGCAGCAGGACCCCGGCAGCGUCGGCCACGACACCCUGGCGGCCGCGGUGUGCGAGGGCGUGCGGGACUCCGCCGCCGCCGUCGUGGACGCCGUGGUGAGCCGGCUGCUGGCCGAGGCCGUGGACUCGAACCGCGCCGCCAUCAUCCAGGGGCUGGGCUGCGCGCCCAAGGACGUCGCCACCGCCAGCCUGCUGGGGCUCGCCACCUCCGCCGCGUCCGGGCUGCGCAGCGGCGAGGCCGCCCUGCUCUACAAGGCCGUGAGCCGCUCCGGGCCGUCCUCGGUCACCAGCGCGCUCGGCCACUUCAGGAGCAACGCGCAGAAGGUGGCCCAGGCGUUCGGACAGCGAGCUGCCUUCGACAUCUUCGCCAUCCUUGCCAACCGCGCGACCACCAACGAGCAGGUCGACAUGCUCAACGUCGUGGCCGCCGCCCUGGGCUCCGCGGAGCGGCUGCAGAGCCACGUUCGCCUGGCGGAGGACAACGUGCGGUGGCACGCCGACCAGCUGGACGACGCGGCGGACGUCUUGUACACGCUGACGCACACGCCGGACCCGGACCUGCCCACCUCGACCACCGCGCCGCCGCCCACCAGCAGCAGCACUGCCACGGACAGGACUAGCCCGGCGAGCACUUCGCCGCGCACCAGCACGCCGGCGCCAAGGCCCAGCACCGCCUCACCCACUGUGGGACCAAAGCCCACCGAGAGGCCCUCGGGCGCGGCCGCCGGAAUCGUCUCCAGCGGGGCCCUGCUCGCGGCAGCGCUGCUCGCCGUCCUCUCAGCGCGGCACUGACGGCCCUUGGGGGACUUCAUUUAGUUGUGUACAUUUGUAAGAAAUACAAUCGACAUGGAAAGCCGAA